UCCCGUGCGGGUCGCAGCGAGGAGAAGAUGGCGGCGCUGGGGGAGCCGGUGCGGCUGGAGCGAGACAUCUGCAGAGCAAUUGAGUUGCUGGAAAAACUACAGAGAAGUGGAGAAGUGCCACCACAAAAGCUACAGGCUUUGCAAAGGGUCCUUCAAAGUGAAUUCUGUAAUGCUGUAAGGGAGGUGUAUGAACAUGUAUAUGAAACUGUGGAUAUCAGCAGUAGCCCAGAAGUCAGAGCUAAUGCAACAGCAAAGGCAACUGUAGCUGCAUUUGCUGCUAGUGAAGGUCAUUCCCAUCCCAGAGUGGUUGAACUACCCAAAACCGAAGAAGGUCUUGGAUUCAACAUUAUGGGAGGCAAAGAGCAAAAUUCUCCAAUCUAUAUCUCUCGAAUUAUCCCUGGAGGUAUAGCUGAUAGACAUGGAGGCCUGAAACGUGGAGACCAGCUGCUUUCCGUAAACGGAGUGAGUGUUGAAGGUGAACACCAUGAAAAAGCAGUUGAGCUGCUGAAGGCAGCUCAAGGAAAGGUUAAAUUAGUUGUGCGAUACACACCAAAGGUCCUGGAAGAAAUGGAGUCAAGAUUCGAAAAAAUGAGAUCGGCGAAACGCAGGCAGCAAAAUUAACAUUGGGUGUGAUAACCUAAAAUAUAUUCCACUUCCAUUUUAUAGUUUUCUUUGUGACUCAGUUGAUCCAAUGCGUGGGUGGUGGAAGACACUGUUCUUUUUAUUGAGUCGUGGAAUGAUUGAGAUUGGAGGGACUCCUGGAGGUCAUCUAGUCCAGCCCCCUGCUCAGAGGAAGGUUAGCUAGAGCAGGUUGCUCAGGACUGUGGCAGGCUGGGUGUUCGAGCAUCUCCAAGGAUGGCUGCUACAUAAGAUCUCUGGGCAACCUGUUCCAGUGUUUUGAUCUCCCUCACACUAUUGAAGGUUCAUUCUUCUAUUUAAAAGGAUUUUCCUGUAUUUCCUUUGUGCCCAUUGUCUCUUGUCCAGUCACUGGAUGCUACUGAGAAGAGUAUGGCUCGUUUUGUUUUGUUUUGUUUUUAACUCCUUCCUAUCAGGCAGUUACACACAUUAGUAAGAUCACCCCUGAGCCUUCUCUUCUCGAGGCUUGACAAUCCCAGUAUUCUCAGCCUCUCCUGGUCUGUCAGAUGCUCAAAUCACUUGAUGGCCUUUGUUGCCCUUCACUGAACCCAUUUUUUUAUGCUCAUGUAUCCAGCACUUGAGUUGUGUCCCACCAGCGCUGAGCAGAAGGGAAGAUCCACCUCCCUCAACUUUCUGGCAGUGCUCUCCUAAUGUAGACCGAGAGACUGCUUUGCUGCAAGAGCACAUCAGUGGCUUGGGGUCAGCUUGGUAGUGUUCUCUGCAAGUCUGCUUUGCAGCUGGCCAGCCCCCCAGCCUCUACUGGUGCAUGGGGUUCUUCCUCCUCAGGUGUAGGACUUUACACUUCCCGUCACUGAACUUUGAGGUUCUUGUUUGUCCACCUGCUGAGGUUCCUCCGAAUGGCUCGCUGAGAGCAGGCUCUGUCCCAUCACCCACGUUACUAAUGAAAAUGUUCAACAGUCUGGACCUGAGUACAGACCCCUGGAGUCCAUCAGUGACUGGCAUCCAGCAGGACUUUGUGCCACAGAUCACAAUCACCCUUGGCAGUUCAGCCAUUUUAAAAAUAUUUGCAGUCUCCAUGCAUGUCACAGCUUAAGAGGAAUGUGUACUUCUAAAAAAUGGCUUGAAAUACCUUGAAAAAAACAUAUAUGUUGAUAUUCCUAUUAAUUUUUUUUAGUAAGUCUCUUUCAUGUCAGGCCUUUAAGCAUGAGAGUGAUUUUACAGAUUUUUCAAAAGCAUUUAAUACGACAUAUUUCUAUAUUUGACAUCCCUUUCUUCCCCAGCUUCUUCUGCCAUUACGUAGCAUAGAAUCUGCAGGUUUUUUUGCUGAAUGAUUUUGAAAAAAAAGAAAAAGAAAAAAUUAUUCUUACGUAGCAGUAUUUUGGCACUUUUCUUAAGAAUAUGUUGUAUAUCAACUACAAAACCUAAUCAUGACCUACUGUGUAGCUGAUAAUGAUACCAGAUUUUGUAAUGUUUUGGUGAGUACAUUAUUUUUACACUUCUGCUAAAUUGUAAUUCGUUACUAUGGAAAUUGUAUUACCUCACCUGUAAAUAAUUUACAGUUGGUGUUCUCAUAUAAUGAUUUUGUAAUAGUUGACUUUUACAAAUUUGCAACAAUCAUUCCUGUAACUUAUAUUAUUUUGUACUAAUUUUAAAGCAGUAAGGGGAAAAAUCUAAUUGUGUAUGCAGUUCUGGAUAGACUCUCUAGAUGUAUUUUUAUAUUCAGAAAUGGAAAAUAUGUUAAUGCAAAAGAAUUCCAGAUGUUUCCCUGACUUUCUGCUGUUUAAAAGAAAUACUCAUCUUAAUUGUCAUACCUCUCUUGUGUUUUUUAGUAUGUGCUAUUGUAGUCUUAUCUCAGGCUGACUGUUCUGGUCUUGGGAUAGUUAGUACCUAAAUUAUUGAUUAUUACAUUUAUAAGAGUAAAAUGUUCUGAGUCUUACAUGCCAGGUUACCGUGACAUGUGAACUUGUCUGGGGUUUUAUUCCUGACUACUUCUGACUUGGAGGGUUCUUGUUUGUGCUAAGGAAAUACUACAUCACCAUUGCUAUAAAACUUUAUGUGGAAUGGUGCUGUGGUGGGAAUAAGGAAAUCUCCAGGUGUAAGAGAUUUAUGUCUUAUCUCAAGUGUAGUUGAUAGUGGCAUGGUUUUUCUGUGCUGUUUUGAAGCAACAUUUUGGACAGAGGUUCACUUAUUGGAAUCUCCCAGGUUUGAGGCUGUAUUUGUGUAGUUUAGGUUUUGGGUUAUUGUUUUGGUUUUUUUAAGCAUCAUCUUUUGGUAUAUGUAUAGAAUUAAUUUGAUUGUCUUACUGGGUGUCUUCACUUGUAUGGCAGCUAUGAGUGCAUCCUAAUUGACUGUUAGUAAUUUGAUUCUUAGAGGCUUAAACUGAAAAGUGCAGUUCUUACUUUCUGGCUAAUCCCUAGUCUUUUCACAUGGAGCAGUAUGAUCCAUUGAGAAAUAAUUCAGUAUGAGAAAGAGAGGAAAAGAUUAGCAACCUAAAAAUGACAGCAUGAAGUUUGUGCUUUGUCAGUUGACCUACUGGAAAAGAAAAAAAAAAAGUGAUUGCUACAGGCAAGUGAGAAAUGGGAUUGCUUUCUGCAUGUUUGUAAGCAUGGUAAGCCUGUAAAGAGAAAUUUGGACUUUAAAGAUACUGAUAGCUUGAAAAUGCAGUAUAAAUAUUUAUCGGAUAGAUGACAUUGAGCACUGAAUUGCAUGGUUGAUUGUCAUAGGCCUCUUUCAGAAGGUCUCAUGGUACCAGUACAACCAUGUUGUUGAAUUGUAUAUUUUUAUGGAACAACUAAUGUUUAAAGUAUUGAGACCAAAAUCACUAGUUAGACCAAUUGUGGAUGUGUUUUUAAUUUAACUGUAAAAUAAUAGAGAUUUGUUUUAGAGCUAUAUAUAAAUAUAUAUAUUAAAGAAUGGUAUGGAUACAAGAUAGAAAUGUGUGUUUUAAAACCUGUAUCCCUUGUCUUGCUGAACAAAGAGGUGUGUUUUGUUACUCUAAGGAAAUACUCUCAUGCAGCUAGAGCUGCUAAAUGCAGUAGUGUUUUCAUUCUGAAUUGUAGCAUUUGGAUACAGUUUGUCAACUACAACAAUAUUGGGAGGUAUAUCUGGGCAUAUGAAUUUUAAGUGUAGAAUUUAAUUAAAAGUUUUUAAAUUGCAACAACAAAAAAUCCAAUAAACAGCUCAUUAACACUAAUCUUUAAUACUAUGAAAACCCUAUAAUGUCAAGGAAAGGAUGGAUUAAAAUAUGCCAAGAAACUUGAUCUCUGUUACUACUGAACAGUGCCUGUACUGUGUUAAUAUGCAGUCCCUACACACUUGGCAUACUUGGGUAUGCAGACAGAUUAAGAGGAGGUAUCAUUUCUGCAGAUAAGUUCUGCAUCAGUUGCUGCUGUGAGGGAUCUUUGGGUUUUAUCAACGGAAAAAUAAAAGUUAAAUUUCA